GACGCGAGUAAUCUACAUUCGUGGUCAUGAGGAUCAUGUGUACAUUACACAACAGACGUUUUAUACGGCAACACAAACGUUGGUAAACUAUCGAUCGACGGUUGCACCAUUAGCUGCAUAUUAUGUAUGCACGUGAUCUCUGUGAACCCGUUUACCAGGGACCUGGUCGCUGUGGAGCUCACGUGGAUGAUAUGUUUUGAAAAUGAAAUGAUAUGGACUAACACAGCAGACUGGUUGGCGAAUCAAGAACAAUAUUCCAAGCUGUCGUUCAAACUUUCUAUUAGAAGCGUCAAUUUAAGAUGGUGUACAUUUAGUCGGUUGCAGUGAGGAAGGGUACUUUGGUCGACAACAGACUUGAGUGAAGGGGAUACUUUGCCAGGCCGAUUAAACGGGUCAUCAACACCGCAAGUAAAGAAGUAGGACAGGUUUCUGUCAUAUGGUGAUAUAUAACACAACUGUUUUAUAGGUUUGUAUGGUGACGUAGACAAUAAAAAGAUGUCUGCAAGGAGGGACUUGUUUCCAGAGAUCGAACCUUUUGAAACCGGGAAACUCAAGGUUUCAGAAAUUCAUGACAUCUAUUACGAACAAAGUGGGAACAAGGAUGGAAAUCCGAUAAUAUUUCUUCAUGGAGGCCCAGGAGCAGGAUCCAGAGGUCGAGACCGCCGAUAUUUUGAUCCGGAAGCUUACAGAAUUAUACUGUUUGACCAGAGAGGAGCUGGAAAAUCUACUCCUCCUUCAGAAUUGCGGGAAAACACAACCUGGGACCUGGUAGAGGAUAUUGAGCGUCUGCGGAAACACCUGGGGAUCGACAAGUGGGUGGUAUUCGGGGGAAGCUGGGGUGCAACACUUUCUCUAGCUUACGCCGAAUCACAUCCGGGUCGUGUAAAAGCUCUCAUCCUAAGAGGGAUUUUUGGCUUAACCAGGAGGGAAACGCUUUGGUCUAACCAGGACGGGGCCAGCCAUCUUUUUCCUGACGUAUGGGAGGCGUACUUGGCCCCUAUACCAGAGGGAGAAAGAGGAGACUUAAUGAGUGCGUACUAUAGAUAUCUGACGGGUGACGACAAGGAAAAGUGUAUCAGAGCAGCCAGAGCAUGGAAUAAAUGGAAGUUAGCCACGUGCAACUUACUAGUUGAUGAGGAACUGGUUAAAAGUACAGAGAAAGAAGAAUGGCCAGAGCGCGGCGCCAGGAUUGAGACUCACUACUUUGUUUAUGGGGGAUGGUUGAAGACUGAUGAUCAACUUUUGAAAGACGUGGAAAAAAUUCGACACAUUCCAGGAACAAUUAUUCAUGGACGUUAUGAUGUCGUUUGUCCAAUGGAAACUGCCUGGUCGGUCCAUAGAAGCUGGCCUGGCUCUGAAUUUCAUGUGGUACCUGACGCGGGACAUACUACCAAGGAGCCUGGUAUUCUUCACCAGCUGAUUUUGGCAACAGAAAAAUACAAAAACCUGUAAAAUAAGGAUUUGUCUUGAAUAGAACAUUCACUCUUUGCAUAUGAAUUUUCGUAAUAACAAUUACUUAUGGAACCUUAAGAUUAACAAGCGAGUAAUUUUACAUUGCGUUGGUAUAAAAUGUUGAUUAUACA